AUGUCUCUCUCCCUCUCUCCAUCCCCAGCAAGGCUCUUCAGUCUACUUUGCGCAUGUACAGACAGCCAAAUAGAGCAUUGCAUCGACUCCAAGAUGGCGAAAACACGUCUGGCCUGGCUCUUGACUCUCCUCUCAACUCAGUGCUACCUGAGCGUGUUGGCAGUCGUGCUGAAGACAAAUAAUGCCUCACCGUGGACAAAUGAGUUUGACAAAGUUGAGCUAUCAUGUGAGAUUGAGUCCAUUUCCACAAUCAAUCCCAGAAUUGAAUGGAAGAAGAUAACAAGCGGGGGGCCAAGCUAUGUCUACUUUGACAAGAAGAUCUCAGGUGGCCUUGAGAACAGAGCAGUGAUCAGAGAACCUGCCACGUUACUGAUAACCAACGCCACGAGAUCAGACACAGCCAAGUAUCGAUGUGAGGUCACUGCUGCAGACGACCACAAGUCCUUUGAUGAGAUUGUGAUUGACCUGGUUGUAAGAGUGAAGCCAGUUGUGCCAAAGUGCAGUGUCCCGAAAUCGGUGCCUUUCGGGAAGUCGGCUGAGCUGAGCUGUGUGGAGGAGGAGGGCUUCCCCAAGUCUCAGUACCAGUGGUUCAAGAACAUGGAGGAGAUCCCCGAUGACCCAAAGACCAGUGUCAAGUUCUUCAACUCCUCAUACACGCUCAGUACAGAAACAGGAACUCUGAAGUUCAUUUCAGUCAGGAAAGAAGACGCAGGCGAGUACUAUUGUCGAGCGAAGAAUGAUGCAGGGCAAGCUCAGUGUGCACCCCAGAAGAUGGAAGUGUAUGAUAUUGACAUUGUGGGGAUCAUCCUGGGAGUGCUGGUGGUGGUCGUUGUGCUCUUAUGUAUAACGGUGGGCAUCUGCUGUGCUUACAAACAAGGCUACUUCUCCAGCCAAAAGCAGACGGGGAACAAUUACAAAGUCCCAGCUAAAGGAGAUGGGGUGGACUAUGUCAGGACGGAGGAUGAGGGGGAUUUCCGACACAAGUCAUCGUUUGUGAUCUGAGAAAGACGACGGGGGCUGUUGUGCUGAGUGAAAGCUGUGACACACGGGUCUGCCCUCCACACUGUCCGACCACGGAGCUGCCGCAGUUCGUGCACCGAGCUCUCAGCCUGCCUGACAUCCAAUUACACAAGCUUGCCAAAUGUGGUGGGAUUUCAUAUGACAAUAAUGUGUAAAAAAAUAAUAGUAUGUGCAUAGGGACUGAGAUUCAUUUAACUUUAUUAUCUUCAACUGAGUUCUUUUGCUAAAUUCUGGCGUUCUUCAGUUACAGUGAUUGCAUGGUUUUAACCCUUGUGUCAUCCUUCUAAAAACUUACGAUGAUCACCCUAGUGGCCAAAAAUGGCACCACCCCCCCAAAAGUGCUAUAAAAAGGUUAUAUAUUAAUAUUUUUUUCCACUUUAAAUGAGUCAGUCUUUUAAGACUACUUCUGCCUGAAAUAUUUAUAUCAAGUUUUUAUUAUAUUUCGGGGUUUUUAACCCUUUAUAUCCCAGUUUCAUUACAUGAGCGCACUGUUUUUUUUAGCCGAAAAAAACAAAAAACUUAAAUAUUUUCCAUAAAAUAAAUUUGAAGUAAUAUUUGAUUAUUAUUAUAAUUAGGCCUUUAGAUGGUCCAAAGAUUGGCACCGACAUUCAUUUUGAUUGAUCAUUAAUUUUUUUUUGCAGAGGCACAGUAAAUUGAAUAUAACGGUAUAUUCUGUUUUUCAUUUUUUCCCCACUAAAUGCUUUUUAGCUUGCUGUGUUCUAAAAUAAAAUGGAAAAAAAAAUAUGUAAAUGAAAAUACAAGAUCAGUUUGAACCAGAAAACAGUUUUAUUUAGAACAAUGAACAUGAACAUUUGUGUUUUUAGGAACGGGGAAAGGUAUGAGAAAGAAAGAGCAAAUGAGAGGGUGAGAGAGAGGGGGAAGAGCAUAUGUGGAGGUGUGUGGAGGUGUGUCAGAGUCCUCAGUUGAAGCAGAGGCUGCAAAUGGACAGACUAUGGUCCUUACAUGCGGGCUUUUCGCAUUUGCAGCAGGUGCUGCAAGUGCGCCUCCUUUUGUCAGUGCAGAACUCGCACAGUCUCCUGUCCUUCGUGUUAGGUCCCGCGGUGGUAGGGCCUGCAGCGGCACUCUGCGCACUCAUCACAACGUCUGCAGCACCUGAGGAGCGGGGAAGGCGUCCUCGCUUCAAUAUGUGUGGGUUAAUCAAAGCUUCGGCCACCUCUUCAAUAUAUAACCUCCUCCUGUAUCUUUUAUGCUGUUUCCAGGAUGGGUCAAUCGCUGUCCACACCACGAAGGAAUUGUAGAGUGACACAUCCAGCAGGUUGUGAAAGAGGGCCACUGGCCAACGAUUUGUUCUCCUCCUACAGGAAUAGGUUCCAACAACCUAACAAAAAAAACACACACACACAAAAACCCCGAAAACAUCAAACCUAUGUAUAUUUUACAAGAGAAUAUGAGCAAGAAUGAAUAAAUCUGUGCGUAACUGAUGCGUAAUGACACCUACCUUGUCAAGGUUGUCCACACCUCCUUUGCACCUAUUGUAAUCUUGAAUGAUUACGGGCUUUCGCUUCUGUCCCUCGCUCACAUCGGGCGUGCGGUGUUUUGUGCUCACGUUCUUGCGGCGUCGGGGGAUGUAGGAGACGAUAGUGUGCGUGAGAGUGAAGGCGGAGGAGAAGAUCGCUCUUCCUCUUGUUUGGAGCAAUUGAGGUGGAAGCUCCGUCUUGUUUUUCCUGGUCGUGCCCACCAGGGCCAGUUUCCUCCUCAGCAGCUCUUCUGCCAGGGCAAAGGAGGUGAAAAAAUUGUCACAGGUCACCACGUUUCCCUGGAGCCCCUAAACUCCAGGGCCACCCGCAUCCCCUGAUUGACGAUCGCCAGCUUUGCCGGUGUAUACCUGGAGUCUCCAGGCGUAGGAGGUUUUGACAUCGCAUACGGCCCACACUUUCAGACCGUACUUUGCAGGCUUGCCUGGGAUAUAUUGCUUGAAAUUGCACCGUCCUCGGUACGGGACCAGCUGCUCAUCCACGCAAAUGUCUCUGUCUGGGCUGAACAGUAGCUCCAGACGAUGCGUCCACAAAUCCCACACUUUGCGGAAGGCGGCCAGCUUGUCCUCACGGGGUCGGGAAAGCUUAUCGUCGAAACGGAGCGCCCCGCCGAUUUGGUGGAAACGCUUGUGGGACAUGGUGGCCCGGAAAAUGUCCCGUCCGUAUUUUUCUCCCCAGAGGCUGAGUGACGAUUCAUUUCUCGAUCGGUAGACGCCGGCCAAAAUUAGCAACCCCACAUACGCUCGAAAUUCAUCACAGUCCAUUUCUCGCCAGUCGGCCACUUCGCGUCCCCCGUGCAGAUUGGUCAUGGCCACGGUGUGCAGCACAAUUUCAUCCGUAAGGAAGAGUGAAAAGCUGGAUGCCGGGUCCCUGAUUCGGGCGGCGGCGUAGUGUGUCGGUCCUGGGGUGAUAUUUGUAGGCGCUGGAACAUAGCGGAGGGUCUCCGAAUUUGUGGGGGACCAAAUGAUUUUUCCGCUCUUUGAAUUCCAUCCCGAUGCUGCGUCCUCCGUCUCCAUCUCCCCUUCGCUCUCGUCGUCUGAACUUUCUUCAUGGGAACUGGACUCCGGCUGCUCUUUUCCCACAGAAUAAUCCGUGUCCUCAUCUCCAGAAUCCUCGGAGGAGGAGGAUGAGUAGCUAUCCUGGGACUCACGGUCCAGGACCAUUUCCAAUACCUCAUCGGUGUUAUAGUACCUUGCCAUCCUGAAAAUGACUACUCCCGCUCUACUGCUCAUUCUUGUAACCUCUGCUGCAGUGCACCUGCAUAAACAACCUGAGCUUGCAGACAAAAUAAAGUCUCAUUUGAUUGUGGCCCAUGCUUUUAUGUUUAUUUUGUUUAUAUUGCAGCGUGGCCUUCUAAGAGAGGAAAGACUUUUGAAGUUAGACACAGACACACUUAUUUUUAUCUUUUUCCCCUUUUUUUAGGUAUAAAGACCUUUAUUAUUUCUUUUUAAAAAAAAACCACACAUGCCAUUAUCCAACAUAGUGACACAGAAUGAUCAUUUAUUUGAGCAGAAAGUCUAUGGAAUAAAUACAGAGUUUACCGCAUUUCAUUCACUGCUCCAAAAGUGGAAAAAAAAAAAUAGCGCCACCUGGUGGACAAAUAAAAAAAUUUUAAAAUUUCAGACUGAAAUUUUAAAAUUUAAAAAAAAAUAAAAUCCUUUGGCAAGUUUGGCUAUAUUACACUCAACACAGUGGAAAUGGCAUGCAUUUGAAACAAGCAAGUGGCAGAAAAUGGCCCCAGUAUGACACAAGGGUUAAACACUAAAGCAGGCGGCGAGCAGGAAUCAUGUGUUUGUUGUGUCCAGUAGAACAGUCAGUCUAUCAUGACAGCUCUGUCUACUGGCAGCAUUCAGUUUCAAACCUUUUGUCAUUUCUAUAACAUUUCUUUUCUACUGUUAAAAUUUGUCAGACUAUUUUUGAUGGAAUAUAUUUUAAAAUGCCUAUAUAUAAAGGUUUACUUUUUUAAGUAUUUGUAAAUGACUAACAUGUUUUUUUUUUUGUUUUGGGGGGGGGGGGUUAAAAGAAAUGAUGUAACACAAACCCCUUUGCAUAAAGUUGUAAGCAUUUACACCUUUGCAGAUGAAAGAAACAAAUGAAAAUUGGCUCGUAGUAGCAUAUCGGCGGUCUUACAUAUUGAAUUUGUCAGCUGGGAUUGUCCAGUUUGUGUCAUGACAGAUUUCCAUGUUGAUGUUUGUAGAUAGUCUUAGUAAGAUGCUUUGAAGAGUGCCAGUCAAAUGCUGUGAAACACUGUACACGAUCAGUGCUGCGUUUUCUUGAUUUUAAGUGUCCUUCUCUGCUUGCUGUUAAUCUUGUAUAUAUUGAAGUUGCUGUCGAGUUUAGCUGUCAUACAUAUGUAGAUUACUUCACUAUAUUAAUCAUAAUUAUAUUAAUACAGGGUUUGUAUGUUAACCUUCCAGACCCCAAAAGAAGAUAGACAAGAAUGAUUGUGGACUGUUGACAAAGUAAAUGGUACUUAAAAUAGUUUCUGCUGAUAAGCAAGACAAAGCUGUUAGCGGGUUAUUUAAACUACUAAAUCUUCAGCUGGUACUGAAAGUCCCAACAACAUGAGGUAGAGCACAUGCUGGAACAGCGUUUUUUACAGAGUUAACUUGUACUCAUGGCACAGCUGCUUUGUGUUCCAGCUGUGUGACUCAGCCACCGGAGCCAGUGGCUUAUUCACAACUGUGUGUUUGAUUUCACCAGAUGUGCAACAGCACAUUUUAGAAGAGUCCCAGGAGCAACUCUGCGCUUAUCAGUCACUCAGCAUAGUGAUUUAGUAUUCAGAAUAAAAGACCCUGUUCAGGCUCAAAGCUCUGCGUCUCAGACCUUUCAGCAAGAUUUGAAGCCGGGUGGAGAAGAGAGCGAAACACGUGACACGACGACAGACCUGCAUCUGGUUUAUUCCUGGGUUUAGCGACUGGAUGUUUUAAUUGGAGAGAGAAAAAAUCUUUCAGGUGAAGCUUUUUGUGUUUUCUGAGCAAAGCUGAAGGUGAGCAGAACUGAGCUGACAGCAGUGUUACAGUGAGAUUCAGCUGUCGGGGGUCUGGAGGGUUAACGCUUGUACUAAUUGUAAAUAGCUAUUUGGCGUUUUUUAUUUGUUUGUUUUUUUCUCUUUCGCAAGAUCAUGUAAAGUGAAAAAAUGUUUUCAAAACUCCAGUUUGAGGCGAUAUGAAACUCUUUCCAUUUGUAGGACUGAAAGAAGGGUAACAUUUUAUCAGAUCAUUCAGAACACGUGAGCAAGAGCUUCUUGAGGCAGUUUUUUAAAAGCAUUGAGAACAAACAGUUCUCUCCCUCAGUGUUCGCUCUCUAACCAGACUUUUAAAGGCAGCUGAUGUCGGUUAGUAUUCGUGUAACCUUCAUGCAGAUAAGAAGAAUCUCUUGUUCAGCUGUGCUCGAGGUUUUCAACAGAGGAAAUGCGGUCAAAUGUUAACCAAUUAUCAGUCGUGGUAGAGACGAUCUGCCGGUCAUUUGCACAUCAACACUAAAUCUAACAUGUUCCACUGUGGAAGUGUACAAUUAGCCCAAAUAAGGUCACAAAUGAGUCCUGCUGCAGUUGCACAGUGUGGUGAGAAUCAGACAUUUCACCUCGUCAUUUGUGCAUAGUUCAUUCCUCUUGAGUGCCUUCAGGCUUCACACUAGUGCGGUUUCUCGUGCACGGUCCCACCUCUAUCUUCUGCCAUGCAGUCACGGGCUUCGUGUUUUUCCUUUUCUUUAACCACAAGCGCGGCGUUUGAGAGGAAUGAUGACACCAAAAGUCUCCACUCCCCUUCUUUACAUAUCUGCAAAUUUGUAAAUAGCUUUUUACAUAGAUUGGAGCUGUAGACGCGUUGGAAGUGAAAAAUAAUAGUGCCUCUAUAUUGUGGGGAUUAUUUUUAGUAAAGACAUAUAGCACUAUUAGAAAAAAACAAAAGAUUGAAACCCACAGCAGGGCGGUUUCUGUGAGCUCUGGUUUAUAAUGUCUUUAUCCAGGUUUUCUAACACUGAUUGGUAUUUCAAAAUAAAAUCCCCAAACAAAAUUUGAAAGACCAAUUUAGUCAGUACUGACUUUUUUCUUUUUAUUUUGUGUAUGUUAUUUAUUCUUCUCUGUGCUGGCGGGGAAAUGUUUCAGGUCUUCACAACACUGUUUAAACCAGGGGUGUCAUACUCAGGGUCAUAAGACCGGCCCGCUGGACUUCUUUCACACAUUUCGGACUUUUAAAUGUAUUUUCAUAAAUUUUGCAGCUUGUCCUAGCGAUGAAGACCUCUCCCACAGUCUUUCAUACUACAUCAAAGUAAUAGAUAAAUAAUGAAAUGAUAGAAAAGUUACUUCUUUUUUCCACUAUCUAAAGUACAAAAGCCUGUAUCCACAGUAAAAUAAGUCAAACUGGACAUUUUUUGUGAAUUAACAAAAACUUGCUCCGCUCCAGGACAGUCUGGACUAUGAGCGACCAGAACUUUUUCUGUCAUUUUACACAUUUGCUUUUUUACAAUUUAAGCCCAAAGAGUCAUGCUGGCAUGUGUUUUUUAUUAUACAGCAGAGCAGCAUUUCUUUAUCGUGUAGUAAAACAGACGUGCUGGUGAAAUUGCACUUGUUUUUCGUAUACUGAGAUAUUGCAGGGAUUAAAUGUGCAGCUACACUUAUUUACAUUUACAGAAAGGGAAUUUUUACUGGUCUGGCCCACUAAAGAGCAAAGUGUGACCCCUGAUGUAAAAUGAGUCCGACAUCCCGGGUUUAAACAUUUACCCUAUACAAAAAUGAGGCGACACAGUUGGUGUCAGGAAACACCAACCUUGUGUAGCGUUAAGAACGGCACCAAUCUACAAGAAAGGAAGAUGAAAUUAAGAGCUGACCCAUUCAAUGAUAAAGGAGCUGGGACUCUGCAAGAUGUAAGUGAAGUUUAUAAUCCAGAGUUCAUGGACAGUUAAGCUCACAAACAGCAAAGAAGUCUUGUGUCGCAUCUUUACACGGGUCUGCGCUGACCCGACAGGGAGUCCUGAGCAAGUGAGUCUGCAGGAUGAUGUUUCCAGGCAGUGAUGGUGGAGGUUAUAUUGGCAGGUUUACUCUGUGCUGUCUUUCAGUUUAAGGAUGGCUGCGUUCCAGUGAUCCAGCUCUGCUGGAAGACUGGUCUAUAGCAUACCUGAUCCUCUGAUCCAAACGUACACACAGCAGAAUGUCUUUUUGGGGCCUGCUUGGGUUAUUUUUUGUUCAUUUUAGAACCACUCUAUUUGUGAUUAAUAAAACUCACUUCUAAUAUCA